AUGGUUACAGAUCACUUCGCGCACACGAACGGUGAAUCACUCACCGGAUCAGUUGAGCUGCUUGAUCAGCCGCUGCACACGAAACGCAGGUUGCGGUUGAUUUGCAUCGGCGCCGGUCUUUCUGGCAUUGCGGCAGCAUACAAGUACCAACGAGACCUUGAAAAUGUGGAUUUUGUCAUUUACGAGAAGAAUGACGACGUCGGGGGUACUUGGUACGAGAACAGAUAUCCUGGUUGCGCGUGUGAUAUCCCAGCCCACGCCUAUACGUACUCGUGGGAAGGAAAUCCCAACUGGUCACGAUUCUACGUUGACCGGCCUGAAAUAUUCGCCUAUUACAAGAGUUGCGCAAUCAAGUGGGGUUGCAUGAAUUAUAUCAAGUUGCAACACCGUGUGGUUGAGGCUCGAUGGUCCGAGUCCGAGAAAGGCUGGCAUGUCAAGGUUGAGAAUCAGGCCGAAGGCACCGUGGUCAAAGACUUCUGCCAUGUGCUUCUCAACUGUAACGGAGUGCUCAAUAACUGGAAAUGGCCCGAGAUCGAAGGUUUGCACAACUUCAACGGCAAACUCCUGCACUCUGCCAGAUGGGACACCGAUUGGGAUUAUACUGGCAAAACCGUCGCCGUGAUUGGUGCCGGUUCAUCUGGCAUUCAGAUCGUGCCUAAGAUGCAGAAAGUUUGCAAGUCGGUCGUGAGCUUCAACAGGUCACCGAAUUGGAUCACUCCGGAGUUCAGUCAGGCGUUGGCCUCAGACGGACGAUCUACAAUAUACACUCCCGAGGAGAUUCAGAGAUUCAACACCGACAAGAAACACUUCUUACAGUAUCGAAAGAACAUUCAGAACUUUGGCAGUGCGACCUAUUCUCUUUACUACAAGCAUUCCGAUAUGCAGAAAGAGGUUUUUGCCAAGUAUUCGGAGUUAAUGAAGAAGCGACUACAGGGAAACGAAGAGCUAUGUGGCAAGUUGAUUCCGAAAUUUCAUGUUGGCUGUAAAAGAUUUACUCCAGGAGAGGGCUACCUGGAGUCGCUAUUGGAGCCUAACGUCACCGUUGUCACUUGUGAAAUUGACAAGGUGACUGAGACCGGUAUCGACCUGAUCGACGGGAGACACUUUGACUUGGACGCCAUCAUCUGUGCCACGGGGUUCGAUUGCUCGCACCGUCCUCCUUUCCCUAUUAUCGGUCGAAAUGGUCGGAAUUUAUCGGAAUACUGGAAAGAUGAGCCCUUGCACUAUAUGUCGGUGGCGGCACCGGGCUUUCCUAACUAUUUCAUCACCGGCGGUCCAAACAGUCCAAUUGCAAACGGAUCACUCAUAUCAGGGGUAGAGACUGAAAUCGACUAUACCUUCAAAUGCAUUGUGAAGAUGCAGACUGAAAAUAUAUCCAGCAUGGACCCUAGCGAAGAGGCCAUGUUGGAUUUCAUUGAGUACAGGAACGUGCUCAUGAAAGAAAUGGUGUGGAGCAGUACCUGCCGCAGUUGGUUCAAGAAUGGCAAAGUGGAUGGUCCCGUCAUUGGCCCCUCGGUUGGGUCAACCUGGCACUUCAAUGAGGCCCUCAAGGAUCCUCGCUACGAGGAUUAUAAUCUUACUUACUGCACACCCAACCGCUUCACGUAUUUUGGAAUGGGAAGAACCAUACGGGAAAUUCAAGGCGCCGAUAUGGCCACCCACAUCAUCGAACCAGGCGCGUAG